AGUGGGCGGUUCAGCUGCUCGGAGCGCUGUUGUUUGGGCCUCUUCAGGGGCGUUCUCUGGAGGUCCUGAGCACUGGCCGCAGUGACAGGGCAGCUCGGCCCCGCUUCCCCCACCUCUUCCCAGCUUGCAGCGUCUGUUCGCAGCCUCCGCGACCUGCAGGCCCAACAUGGCGCAGGAUGUGUCGGAGUAUCUGAGCCAGAACCCGCGGGUGGCUUCCUGGGUGGAAGCGCUGCGCUGCGACGGCGAGACUGACAAACACUGGCGCCACCGUCGGGAGUUUCUGCUCCGCAACGCCGGGGACCUGGCCCCGACUGGCGGCGUUGGCUCCACUACCACGGAUAACACGGCCGAUGCCGAGAGCGGGACCCGCAAUCGGCAGCUGCAGCAGCUCAUCUCCUUCUCCUUGGCCUGGGCAAAUCACGUCUUCCUUGGGUGCCGGUACCCUCAAAAAGUAAUGGAUAAAAUACUUAGUAUGGCUGAAGGCAUCAAAGUGACAGAUGCUCCAAUCCAUACAACAAGAGACGAACUGGUUGCCAAGGUGAAGAAAAGAGGGAUAUCGAGUAGCAAUGAAGGGGUAGAAGAAUCAUCCAAAAAACGAUGCACAGAAGGAAAAAGCAAUUCUGCAGCUAAACAAGAUCAUGCAAAAGCUUCUGCCAAAACAGAAGAUGCAUCAGCUAAGCAGGAAAACAGUUCAACAAGUACAGGAUCAUCCACCAAAUUGGAGAGUAGUGGGAACUCAACUAGGAGCUCUGGCAUCUCCUUGAAUGAGAAAACCUCCACAGGUGAUGGGGAUCUAUCUAGUUCCAGUCAAAGCAGUAGCAGCAUGUCCUCUCAGGUAACGACUUCAGGAUCUGGAAAAGUUUCUGAAUCAGAAGUUUCAGAUAAACAUGGUUCUGCAGCAUUUGUUUCCUCUUUAUUGAAAUCAAGUGUGAAUAGUCAUGUGACCCAAUCCACUGAUUCCAGACAACAAAGUGGCUCACCUAAAAAGAGUGCUUCAGAAGGCUCUUCAGUCUCAGCUUCUCAAAGCAGCUCAGAGAUUCAAGUCCCCUUGUUGGGCUCCUCAGGAAGCUCAGAAGUAGAGUUGCCACUCUUGUCUUCUAAAUCUAGUUCAGAGACAACUUCAAGUGAGUUAGUUUCUAAAACUAGUUCAGAAGCAAAUGUUUCAUUAUCACUUCCUAAAAACAGUUCUUCAUCAGGCACAUCCUUGCUAACUCCCAAGAGUAGCUCCUCAACAAAUACAUCACUGCUGACUUCCAAAAGCACUUCCCAGGUAGCUGCAUCAUUGUUAGCAUCCAAGAGCGGCUCCCAGACCAGUGGAUCUCUAGUUUCCAAAAGCACUUCCUUAGCAAGUAUGUCCCAACUGGCUUCUAAGAGUAGUUCUCAGACUAGCACAUCACAGUUGCCUUCUAAAAGUUCUUCACAGUCCAGUGAGAGUUCGAUCAAAUUGUUCUGUAAGUUAACCAAUGAAGAUGUGAAACAGAAGCAACCUUUUUUUAAUAGACUGUAUAAAACAGUAGCAUGGAAGUUGGUAGCUGUUGGUGGCUUUAGUUCUAAUAUGAAUCAUGGAGAGCUCCUGAAUGCAGCUAUUGAGGCUCUUAAAGCAACACUGGAUGUGUUUUUUGUUCCACUAAAAGAACUGGCUGAUCUGCCUCAAAAUAAAAGCUCUCAAGAAAGUAUUGUUUGUGAAUUAAGGUGCAAGUCUGUUUAUCUGGGCACUGGCUGUGGAAAAAGUGAAGAAAAUGCUAAAGCAGUUGCUUCGAGAGAAGCGUUGAAGUUAUUUCUCAAGAAAAAGGUAGUGGUAAAAAUAUGUAAAAGGAAAUACAGAGGCAGUGAAAUAGAAGAUUUAGUACUCCUUGAUGAAGAAUCAAGGCCUGUAAACUUACCACCAGCAUUAAAACAUCCUCAAGAAUUACCAUAAUGUGUUCAACAGAUCACUGCAUAAAAUAGUAUUUGAAGAGACAGACUGGCUUACUUUUGUACAAUAUAGAACACAGGCUUUCACAGAUUUUGUAUUCCUUUUUUCCAGUUUUGCAGAAAAUUUACAUUCUAGUUCUCUUCACAAAGUAGAAGUUGUAAAUAAUGUAUGAAUGAACAAACAGUACACAUUAAAAGGUAUGCAUUAACAGCAUAUCAGUAUGCUGUUUCAUUUGCUGACGAAAAUACUGUCUUCUAUUUUUAAUGAUACAUUAGGUACGAUGUGUAGUUCUGUAAAGUCUUAAAACUUUUGUACUACUUUCAAUUUGGUGAAAAUGUAUUAAGUUGUAUACCAUGCUUUUUUUUUUUUUUUUUUUAAGCGUGAAUAAACCUACAUAACAAAGAAAGGGGACCACAGUAUUUGAAUGUCUAAAAGUCUAUGAGACCUUAAGGUUUUUAGAAUGUUACCCAUAAUGUUGAACAUGUCUGUUAAAGAAUAAAACAAAAAAAAAUAGUUGCUUCAGACUAUUUUUGUGAGAAGUUGUAAGCAAUUUUUAGAUAUAAAACACUAUAAUAAAGUACUUAAUAUUAUUUUAUUCUAAAAUUGUUUAAAAUUCAUGGUUUUGACUGCUGCAGAUUCUUUAAGUGGGUAAAUUUAUGUUUUGAGGUGAAAUACAAUUUACACUUUUUCUUAAGGACAUAAAUGUGGGUUUCUAUAUUAAGCAUAUUUUGUGACUACUAUUAACUGAUUUGUUUAGAUAUUAAAUGCUUUAAGCUAUUUUACCUUU